UCGUGGCUUUAUUCGGCGCAGCUUGGCGCUACAGUUCGAACGAGGGUCUUGCGCAGGUCGGUCGAGACUCGGUGCGUAUAUCGCUCAAGUCAAUAUGGCGACCGCGGUUCUCCCGCUACCGCUAGUUUCAAACCGUCGGGUACACUGGCUCGCGAGACACACGGGCCUGCUCGUCCUGACGCACCUAUUCCUGGCCAAAGGUGGAUCGAGUACCCCCUUGACGCAUCGUUACAUCAGAGAUGCUAGUUAUAACGAUAAUUCCAUCAACAAUGACUAUAAACCUAGCGCUCUGGAAAGAUUCUACCUAAUUACCGAACAAAGGUGGCGUGCAGACACGGGGUUGCAGGUUUCCGUGCUGCCGGAUACCAAGGGGAUGUCUGCUCGAUCCCAUCACAGGAUCCGGCAGUCCUCAACGGGACUGGAUGAUGCUGGAAUGGACCUACAACCAGCUCAGCUCGGUACCCGGCCCGGUGAGGAGGUUAGGUCCACCGCAACUCUAUCAUGGCUGGAUUGGCAAUUGCCCCUCUUCGUAGUGCUCUGCGCCCUUGUUGGUGCUUUACUCUUCACUUUCUUGAUCCUCUUAUGGCUUCGGAAGCAAAUGUCGCGUGAAAAGGACACAGAAGAUGGUGACAGGCGAGGACUGGUAGAAGAGGGUGCGGCGUGUCCACCCGAAAAGUCGUCGAAGGAAAAUAAGGAUAACCUUGUGGAAGCUCAGUGGGUUUGCCCAGCAGUUAUGAAACCACCGGUAUCGGCCCAACCUAUUGUCCCCGUUGCACAGAAGUCUGAUUUGCCAGAGCCGGUGACAUCCUUUGUUGCGACCCCUGAAAGGAGACCAGAGCCAACUCGAAUAAAAGCCAAAGGUCUGUUGGAACGUCGAGGGUCCAGUGCAAGCUUGACGAUAGAACUCGCACCAGCACCUGACAGUCCACCGCAUGUUGUCACUCCAACUCGCGAAUGUACAGCAGAAGAGUUCCUCCUAAGUGCCGGAAACGUUCUGUCGAGAGCUCAGCUCAAAAAAGUCCUCAGAGAUCCUUCUUCGCUGCACAGAGAGUUUUGGGAAGUUCCUCUCAAUCUACCUGAUAAAGUGGACAUUUGUGGUUCCGGAGUCAAGAACCGCUACUGCUCGGUGUUGCCUAAUCCUCAGUCCAGGGUCGUAUUGCCAGGAUCUGACGACCCUCUCGCCAGCUACAUUAACGCCAAUUAUAUUCGGGGAUAUGACGGGGAAGAAGCACGCUAUAUAGCAACACAGGGACCAUUGACUCAUACCAUAGGUGACUUUUGGAGAAUGGUUUGGGCGGAAAGAGCAACUGUGGUAGUCAUGAUGACAAGGCUACACGAAGCUGCCAAGACUAAGUGUGACGCUUACUUCCCAUUGGAAAAGAAUACCCGGGUACAGGCUGGCGCAUUCACAGUUAUCGUUAACUCCGUUGAUGUCAAAGAUGGUUACACGGUCAGAGACUUGGAAAUUCGUCUCGAAGGCGAGAGGAGAAUUGUUCAACAUUACUGGUUUGACUCUUGGCCUGACCAUGCCGUGCCACAAGCCGCAGACGCAUUGGUAGGCUUGGCUGUCGAGGUCAACUCUUUACCAGGACCUGUAGUUGUGCAUUGUAGUGCGGGUAUCGGCAGGACCGGGUGUUUCAUAGCUUUAGCUACGGGAAUGAUGCAGCUGUCGAGAGACGGAAACGUCGACGUCCUUGGUAUACUAUGCCAAAUGAGGUACGAUCGAGGUGGAAUGGUGCAGACAGCGGAACAGUACGAAUUUGUCCACAGGGCGUUGAAUCUCUUCGAAGAAACAUUCUACGGAAAAAAGCCAGUAUCUGGCGAGUGAGAAAUGGGGGUACAAAGGGCUCUCUUUAAAAAAGAGGCUACCUCUUUCUGCAAUAACUCCCACGUCUCUUUCACCCAGAGGUGAAGUUGUAUCUGCUGUGACGAAUGCUUUUCGUAAGAAAGCCAGGUGUAGCGUUAGUUUGACGACAACCUUUUCUCGAGCCUCACCUGCGGUGAACUAACUCUCGCAGACUAUGCUGCCAUUACUAUACUGCCAUGACGAAUCGUUGACAAUUAAAA